CAAAAUCACUAACUAUCACAAUCCGUAGAAACGGCCUAAAAACGAUCCCCACCGAAGCGUUUCGAGAACGAAUGCCAAGUCGCUGCCUCGCUUCCCACCAUGGCAGUAGUUCCCGCCAAACGAUUCUCGUUGAGUUCACCCCAACCCGCUUCCACUGCUGGGUCGACUCUUAAUCUUAAGAAGCGGGUCAUAGCUUGCCUCAACAAACUCUCCGACCGAGAUACUCUCGCCGUCGCCGUCGCAGAGCUCGAGUCCAUUGCUUGCACCUUGAGCCAUGACACCUUCUCGACGUUCCUCUCCUGCAUUCAUAACACUGAUUCCUCGUCCAAAUCGCUGGUUCGGAAGCAAUGCGUUCAUCUGUUGACCGUUCUCUCUCACUUCCACGGCGACGCCCUGUCUCCAUUUCUUUCUAAGAUGAUCUCCACCGUCCUCCGUCGCCUCCGUGACCCUGACUCCGCUGUUCGAUCUGCCUGCGUCGAUGCUAUUGCUGCAAUGUCGUCUCGGAUCACCAAACCGCCGUUCUUGACGGGGUUUUUGAAGCCGUUCAUGGAGACUCUCACGCAGGAGCAGGACGCCAACUCGCAGAUGGGCGCGGCGCUGUGCCUUGCGGCAGCGAUUGAGUCGGCGCCGGAACCUGACGUUGAGGCGCUGAAAAAGAGUGCUCUGCCUAGGCUGGGGAAGUUGCUGAAGAAUGAGGUGUGCAAAGCGAAGGCGGCGUUGUUGGUGCUGAUAGGGAGUGUUGUUGGUGUUGGUGGCGCGUCGAACCACGUAGUGUUGAAUUGGCUGGUGCCGUGCCUUGUUGAGUUUCUGAGCAAUGAGGAUUGGACGGUCAGGAAGGCAGCGGCGGAGGCGUUGGGUAAGGUUGCUCUUGUGGAGAGGGAUCUGGCAUCUCAGCAUAAGGAAUUGUGUAUGAGUUCGUUACAGAACCGAAGGUUUGAUAAGAUCAAGGUAGUUCGGGACACUAUGAAUCGUGCCAUGGAGAUGUGGAAGGAGGUAACAGAUUCAACCAAGGAUGAUUCUGCUCCUGCAACACCUGCACGUUACUCAGAUGGUCCAGAUUAUGGUAAGGAGCAGCGUUCCGUUAAAAGUUCAGUGGAUAGCAGCCUGAAAUCUGCUCAACCAAGGAAAAUAAUCUCCACCAACAAGCCCCUUCCAUGUGAGGUUUCAUUUGUAUCAACGGCCAAAAGAAAGAGCUUUAGAAAGAGCAAGGACAAGAAGCUAAAUUCGGUGAUAUCACGUGAGCUGGACCAUGAAUUGUUUGAUAGGAAAUUCGAAACUCCAGAUUCAAAUUCCUUCCCAUUGAAUAUGAAGAGGGAAGAUGACAUUAAAAGGUGUGGUUUAGAAGUUUCUAAACCAUGCCUGAGUCAGAACUGUGAGAAUCCAAGAACAGAAGCCAGGCGCGCCCUCUUUAGCAAGAAAUCUGAUGAGAAAGUGCAUAAAUCUGGUGGUUUAAGAUCAGGGUUUCGCGUGGUUCCAUGUUGUGAAGACGACAUCCCUCACUCACAAUUCAUGUUGGACAAUAAUGUAAAUGAAGCUUGUGAGAACCCGCAAGAUGUUGAGACUCUAUCUUUGAUCCGUGAACAGCUUAAUCAAAUUGAAAACCAGCAAUCCAAUCUAUUAAAUCUCGUCCAGCGAUUCAUUGGAAGCUCCCAAAGUGGGAUGAACUCUCUGGAGACACGUGUACGUGGCCUAGAGACGGCUCUGGAUGAGAUAUCACAUGAUUUGGCAGUAUCACGUGGCAGGCUUAGCAAGACUGAUGCUGCAGAAGAUAUGUGCUGCAAGCUACCUGGUUCUGAAUUUCUGAGUUCCAAAUUCUGGAAGAAGACAGAAGGACGGUGUUCUACCCCAAGGCUCUAUUCAAGAAACAAAUUAUCACCAGAUGCCGUGCAUGAUAUGGCUGACAAAGAAGGUGGUGUUGAAAUGUUCACUCUAAAAGAUAACAAAUUUCGCCAUCAUGGGGUAGGACUGUAUGUGAACCCACUGGCAGAUGGUCGAAGUGAUUCAAAGGAUCAUUUAAGGCAACGUUCGUGUAAAAUGCCUAAGGACAUUGUCCAGGGUACUGAGAGAACGCUAGGUUACAAUACCAGCAAACAUGAUGGCAUUUUACUAGCUGCAUCAAGAAACUAGAAUUGCAGAUCUUUCAAAGACGUAAAGGCAGAUAUGUUGACGAUGUUGAACAUGAAACUAUAAUCUGCUUUGUUUUGAACACCCGAAAAUGUUGUCUCCUCUGCCAUUGUUCAUAGAGGCAGUGACAGUGUGGAUGAGACACAGACUCAGAAGGCCAGAAGUUCUUUUUGAUGUGUAGUUUAGGAAUUCAAUUGAUAUGUACCAUAGUUAUAUUAUGUUGUACUUGUAAUAUAAUAAUAUCUUGGGCCA